AUGCUUACAUCAGAUGAUGAAAAUGAAACUUCAGAAGUAAAAGAAAAAAGUGACAAAAAAAAAGGUGGUAAAAGAAAGUCUAAUUAUGUAAGAUAUUUUACUUGCCGUGGUUGUGGAACAAAAGGAGAAAAACAGGAUAAAAAUGAUCAUGAAGCAUCUUGUGAACUUUUUAAUAUAUCAAAACGUUCCAAAAGUGGUAUUUAUAGAUGUGGAAAAAAUAAGCAAAAUGAUGAAGAAAACGGGUAUAUGUAUGAAUGUUCUAUUAAAAUGAGAAUGGAAGCUUUAGGUAUUGAUAAAGGUAUCUCAAAGACUAUAUAUCGUACGUAUAUCAAAGAAGUAAGAGAUGGUAAAGAAAAGUUUAUAAUGGAAAAUAUGAAUGAUGGUUUAAUUGAUGAUGUUGAAAAAAAAGUUACAUCAAAAUAUACAUGGAAAAUUUGCAAAGAACAAACAUAUAUUAAUGAAUUGCGGGAGGAAAAACCAAUUAGAUUUAUAUUAGAUCCAAAAAAUAAUGAAAUUUUACAAAAAGAUGAUAAAAAAUUAUUAUGUUUACAAGUUACAGAAACUAUGUCACAUAAACAAGCUAAAGAUAAUAAAGGAGUUAGUUAUUUACAAAUAGGAAAUGUUGGAAAUGCUGUGUCAUGUAUUAGAACAUCUAUGUUUACUUUCAAUAAUGAUGAAGAUCUCAUAGGAAUAUCUACUUUUCAAAAUCCUAACACUUUAACUUCAUCUGAUACUCAAUGGCAGGAGGAACCUUUAAGUGGUAUACAAUUUUGGACAUGUAAUCCUAAUAAAGUAGAUUCAUUAAAAUAUAAAUUUUCACUACAAACAAUGUAUGGUUGUGUUUUAGACUUUUGUUUUUCAAAUAUUAAGCCAAAAAAUGAGUUAGUUCUUGUAUAUUUUGCUGUAGCAUUUAGUCACGGUAUUGUUGGAAUAUAUGCUUUACCUAAAAAAAGUAAAGAUUUUGUAAAUAAUGUGUAUGAAACAGAAGCAAUACUUUUACUAAAACAUCCAAUGACAAAAAUUUAUAAUGAAACCAUGACAACAAUGAUACCAUAUAUAAAAGUUUCAUGGUCACCUUAUAAGAAGGGAUCUUUAUUAACAGCAGUUUCUGCUAAUGAUUUUGUUCAUGUAUGGGAUUUUAAUAAAUCUUUUGAUGAACCAUAUUUAUCAAUACAAGAAGAAGAUCAAGGACAUGUUACAGAUGUGGCAUUUCUUAAUGAAAAUAUUUUAUGUAUGGCAUAUUAUGAUAGAUAUAAUACAUUUUUUGAUAUAAAUACAAGAGAAGUUAUUUAUGCUGAAAGUAGGCCGAGAACCUCUGGACGUAGAUUAACUGUUGAACCACAUAUAUUUCCUUCAGUUGGUAUUUAUCAAACAUUAUUAACAAAUGCAAAUGAUAGAAAUACUUAUUUAUGUCAUAUUUUGUCAUUUGAUGAUGUAGAGAAGCAAUGUUUUUCUACACCAAUAUAUGGAAGACACCAAGUUCAAUUAAAUGAUAUGGCUUUUUGUCCAAAUACUGGAGCUGUUAUCACAAUUGGAAGUGAUGGUAAAGUUAUUUUUAAUCUUCAAUGUGUUAUUCUACCAAAUUAUGUUAAACAUUCCCGUCAAUUAUCAAUUUCAAAUCCAAGAUUAUGUCUUAUAAGAAAAGCCUUUGAUACUAAUAAUGAUAAUGUAGAAAUGAAACCAGGUUUAGAUAGUGAAAUGGCAACAAAAGCAAAUUUAACAAGAACACAAUGUGCAGAAAAUCUUUAUUUAGAAAUACAUACUUCACAAGAAAUAACAUCUAGAAAUUUAAAAUUAGACAGUUCAACUAUGGAUCUAAAAAUAGAGGCACUUUUUAGAUUAGCAUGUAGUCAAGUUGACAAAAAUUGUUCUAUUUACACUGCAGGUGAAAGUGGUUUGUUAUUUUGUGUAACUUCAAAUUACAAAAAUAUCUUUUAA